AAACGAACACAGCGUUUCUUUCUGCCGGUUCUCUGUGUCUCUCUCUCAGUUCGUUAUCCCAUUUCUCUGCAACUACAGGAAUGGCUGGUAGAGGCAAAACACUAGGUUCUGGAGCUUCAAAGAAGGCUCAAUCUCGUAGCAGCAAGGCCGGUCUUCAAUUCCCCGUCGGACGUAUUGCGAGGUUUCUCAAAGCCGGCAAGUAUGCCGAACGCGUCGGCGCUGGAGCUCCCGUCUACCUCGCCGCCGUCCUUGAAUACCUGGCCGCUGAAGUGCUGGAAUUGGCUGGAAAUGCGGCGAGGGACAACAAGAAGACUAGGAUUGUUCCUAGGCAUAUUCAAUUGGCAGUCAGGAACGAUGAAGAACUGAGUAAGCUACUAGGAGACGUAACAAUUGCAAACGGUGGAGUGAUGCCCAACAUACACAACCUUUUACUGCCAAAGAAAGCCGGUGGUUCAUCAAAGCCCUCUGCCGAUGAGGAUUAGAUUUGAUUGAUGAACAUUGCGGACUUGAUGGUGGAGUUAUUAGCUAGGUGGAUUUGGUGGAUUUUCUACGUAGUGUUGUUUCUAGGUGUAAAAUUAGUUGUUUGUGUCAGUAGUCAUUACUUUUUAUUUUGUACUGUGAAUACAAACCAAUCAAUCAGUUUAUUGUCUGCUUAACAGUGGUGAUAUCUACAUUCUUAAGAGAUUGGAUCAAUGAUAUUUAUCUACGUGCUGGCUAUAAUAUUUUUCUUAUGUUUUCAUUCUUUAUAUGCUUCUUUGCAUUUGAGUGUAUGGAAGUUCUCACUUGUUUGGUGGGUCCUUUUAUUACUCUCUGAUUAUAUACUUUGGUUGGAUAAGAUGGUGUGUUAAAUUACUUGUGGUUGGUUUUGCUAAAUCUGAGAUGAUGGUUUUCAUAAUUUACUGUGUAAAAGAUUUGGUUGUCAGUAGUUUGUGGUUGUGUAAGGGGCAACCUCUUUUUAUGGUUUUUGAGCAUAGUGACAUGUUGGGGAAGUGAACUUGCAAUUGAGAAGAUCUGUAAAGCAUAGUGAUUGGAUCAAUUGGAGCAUAUUGCUUGAAAUUGGGAAAGGGGGUGCAUUUGAAUUAUUUGUAAGCUAGAAUUUAGUUGAGGUGUGU